UGUCAGAUCAGGGCCCUACCCUGUGACCUCAUUUAACCUUUACCACCUUCUCAUGGGCCCCAUCUCCAAAUACAUCAGGAUUAGGGCUUCCAUAGGAACUUUGGGGCCACACAAGCAUUCAGUCCAUAACAGCUCUGUCUUUCUCCCAAAUAUCAAAAUUUUCAAAGACCCUCCCAUUUUCUCAGCUCCUACCACAUGAUGGGCCUCUUGCUGGUGUAGGCACAACACCAGUAUGACAAAGCCGUGGUCCCUGCCCUCGUGGCCCCCAAGAAUGCUGCUUCAUCUCUUGUCCUUGCAGCCCCAGCACCAAACUAAAGCUGCCUCUCAGGUUCCCAGCAUCCCCUGGUCACUUAUUUAUUUAUCAGAGUGUAGUGUGGGCCUGUCAUAUGCUUGUCCAUUCAUGGACCAAAAGCGCAAAGGUCCCUGACCUCAUGGAGCUUGCAUUCUAGCAGAAGGAGCCAAUAAACGAUUAAAAAUGAUGAAGUGUACACUGGAUUGAGUUAUAACACACUGUGGAUAAAAAAUGAAGUGCUAUGGAUGAAAAAGAAAGCAAGGUAGGCCCCAGCCACUGAGCAGCCACCGCGGACUCAGCAGCCUGCCCCUUGAGCCCCCUCGCUUCCUGAUGCCCCAUCCCCCUCGCCCCCCUUCUCUGCCGCCACCUUCCCCAGGCCUUUUCCACUGAGGAAAAGGAAGCUUACUGUAUGUCACUAUCCAGAAACCUCCACUCUUUCAACCCCUUUGCUGGUGCAAGUAAGGGUGAUGAUCUGCUUCCUGCUGGCACUGAGGAUUAUAUCCAUACAAGAAUUCAACAGAGAAAUGGCAGGAAGACUCUAACUGCUGUCCAAGGGAUGGCUGAUGAUUACAAGAAAAAGAAACUGGUGAAGGUGUUUAAGAAGAAAUCUGCCUGCAAUGGUACUGUGAUUGAGCCUCCAAAAUAUGAAGAAGUAAUUCAGCCACAGGGUGACCAGUGCAGGAACAUACCCCAGUUCCCGGUAGAAACUGGAGUGGCUGAGGACGACCAGCUGAAGGCUCGUGGGUUUUAAGUGCCUUUGGCUCACUGAAGCUUAAGUGAAGAAUUCUUUGCAAUAAGUAGAAUUUCCCUUCUAUCCCUUGUCACAAGUGUGAAAACCUCACAACUUGUGUAAUGUAACCAUUUGGGGUCUGCUUUUAACUUGGACUCGUGUGACUCCUUCAUGCAAUAAGCUGAAGAAGAACCAAAAAAUAAAUAAAUAAAGCAAGGUAAAGGAAUGGGAGUACAAGGGUGGGGGAGGGGUGGGCCACAGUUUCAAAUAGGUGGCUAGGGUCAGCUCCAUUAAAAUGUGACAAGGGAAUUAACCCUGUGGUUCUCUGGGAGAGAAGUAUUCCAGGCAGCCAGAAUAGCCAGUGCAAAGGCCCUGGGGCAGAAGCACGCCUGACACAAUUAUGGAACAGCAAGGAGACCAGUGCGGCUGGAGCAGAAUGAGCAAGAGGGGAAUGCGGAGGGGCUAAGACAAGAGAGUAACAAGGGCCGGGUCACACACGGUCUUUGUUAGGGAGCUUUUGGCUUUUGUACUGAGUGAAGUGCACAGCAUGGGGGUUCGAGCAGAGGAGUCCCCUAAUCCAGUUUAUGGCAGGAUCCUUCUUGUUGCUGUGUUGAAAGCAGGGGUGUUACUGUGGUGAUCCAGGGAAAAGACGUUAGGUGCUUGGGGAGGCAAAUAGGGCUGGAGGUAGCAAGACGUGGCUGAUUCUAGAUGCAGUCUGAAGUUAGAGCUGUACAGUUUGCUGACAGACUUGAUUAGAGUGGGAGAGAAAAGGAAGAGUCAGAGACAGCCCCUCGGCCUUCUCCCUGAGCAGCUAGAAGGAUGCAGUCACUGUUGGCUGAGCCCGGGAAAGCUGUGUAUGUGGGGUUGGGGUCAGGUCGACAGGAUCAGAUGGAAUCCAAACAGCAGUUCAGUUUCGGCCAUGUUGAGUUUAAGACGCCCAUUAGCCACCUGAGUAGUGAUGUGGGAUCAGCAGUCUAGAGUUGGGAGGUGGGUGGGGUUGACAUGUGAAUUUGGCAUUUGUAAGUUGGCAUAUAACUCACAUUUCAAAGCCUCAAACUGGAUGAGACAUCACCACAAGAGAAGAGCUAUUUGCAAUCCACUGACCUGCCUGUUCUCUUCCUGCUCCGGCCGCCUUUGUGUUCUGAUACCUGGGGCUAGACGCUAAAGUCCUUUCCUCUUCCCCUCUCCUUCCACAUCAUCCUCCCCUGAUUUUCUCCUGCUUCGCUGAGUCUUGGAUUUCUCCGGCUCCGUAAUGGGGGCCUUUCCUAGGUCCUUUCCCCUUUGUUCUAAGGACUCACUGCAACUCGAAGGCCUCCAUUCCUCUGUACCAGGUACUUCUCCUGCCUCUCCACGGCUGCUGUGCUCACCAACAUGGCAGAGCACCUCCACGUGAGCCCUCAGAAGAUCAUUCUAAUAGUGGUACUCGUCCCCUGUGCAGCAGCCCUCGGUGGUGUGUUCCAUGGCUCUUUACAGGCUCAUCUCAAAACCCUUGGCCACCCCAUUUCUCCCUCCUAUUCACCCCUUCCUCCCCACCGUCCCCGCCCUCCUCCCAGCCCAGUGCUGCUCUCCGUGCCUUCCCAGCACGUUCCUCUUCUGUGCUGGUGUCUCUUGUGACUUCUUGUCCCUUGUCACAGUCCCGAGUGUAGUUCUCGCAGUGGAGUCUUUCUCGAGGAUUGGUCACUCCUAAGGACAAGGAGUAGGGGCGUGUAGUUCUCAGCCAGGAUCACUUGUCCUUCCUUUUCUCUGUCCCUCUUUCCUCCCUCCUCUCUUUCCUCUUUUGUUAUUUCUUCCUUUCUUGUGCAUUUGUGCUUUUCUUCUGGUGACACUUCCUGGGUGUCUGCCACGUUUCUGGCUUGGAGCCUGGUGCUAAAGGGCUAGAGGACUUGCGCUGCCUUCUGGCAGGGAACACCGACAACCCAGGGAAGCCGAGGGCAUGCUGGGAGUACCCAGGAUGAGUGCUACUCCGCGAGUCACUUCCCUCUCUGGGCCAUCUGCUGCCUCACGUGAAGAAGGAUGGGGUUGGCCAAGGGGAUCCCUAAGGUCUCUCCAAGCUGCAUGAUUUAGAGGAUCUUGAUUCAGAGGCUAAAAAGGCCGCGCAGGAAAGCUUAUUCAGAGAUUUAGAUUGACUUUAAAAUUCGUAUUUGACUUACUAAAUACAAAUUUUUUAAAAACCUAGAUCUUACUUAAACUUCUAGUGUUGGUUUUUGAAUACUGUAAUGCUUUUGUAUCUAGGAAUCAGUAGCUUCUUGUUAGGGAUCAGUGGUUGAUGGUUAGACCCACUUACAAAGUUCAAGUCCUUUAAACAUUUUUAUUUGAUCUGUACAUUUAAACCUUUAAAAAUACUUAUCUGAAAAACAAACAAAUGUUCCCAAGUCCUUAAGUAAGUCUGGUAACUCUAGUAAAUUAAACUAACAGUGAUUCUUAAGUUCUCUUAAAUGCGGCAGUACUGGUGGUAGGGUUUCAGCUUAAACAUAAGCCAGAAUCAAUUUCUCAGUUACACAGUUUAAUAUUGAAAUUGCAGGACGGACCUGUUACUCUACUGGGCCACAUUCUCCUAAACAAAACAGAUACCAACCGUGCAUGGAUGUUUUGACAUACAAAAACAUUAACACCAUGGGUUUGAUUCACAUUUCUAAACAUCUACAUCUUCCUAGAUUUGAAAGAUGCUCACUUAUUUAAGGAAAUAAUUGUGUCAUUCCAGUUACAUUGUUUUGUAAGUCUCUUCCCCACUCGCUGAGGUUGCAUGUGUCCAGAAUCCAGUCCAUGUGGCCGGCCCUCCUCAUAGUACCAUCUCCUUGCCCUGCAAAGAGGACAGCCUUCCCCUUCGGAGACCUUGUAGUUCACGUCUCCAGUUUGGUAUCAUUUCUGAAUUCUUCUUGUUAGUAUUGGAAGUUGGCAAUUCCUCCUCAGGCUGCACCAUCCCUCGAUUGGAUUUUGCUUUUUUUUUGCAUCGGAGGAUAUUUAAAUGCCUCCAGUCUAGCUCUGAAUACCUUUGAACUUGAAGGAAUUGUCUAUUCUGUAAUACUCUUCAUAGCAUCACAAAACUCUGAAAAUUAUUUUUGAUUGACUUCUGCGUAUUUCUGAGCUUUGUGCAAUCCCAUGGUUACAACUUCCAGUCACUCAACUGAUGUGUUUAUAUGCAUGUAUGUAUAUUCUGAGCUGUUUUCACUCACACUUCUGACACCAACCAAUUCCCUGACCCCACCUGUGUUAUAAGUCAAUUCUGACACUAUCUGCCUAGAGUUAGUGUCAGAUCCCACAGGGUUAAGGUCUCAGUCCCACAAGACUGCCCCCCAUCUGCACUCCCCGCCCUCUUCAGACAUUAAACACAAGUCCUGGACCUCCCAUACUUCUGACUGCCUGGUUGUAAAUCAGAGGGUCCCACGAACCUCUCCUUGGGUUUGGUAAUUUGCUAGAGCAGCCCACAGAACUCAGAACAGUUUAGUUAGUAUUAUAAAAGAUUCAACUCAAGAAGAGCCAAGUGGAAGAGAUGCACAGGUAUGUGAGAAGGUCCCAGAGCCUCCAUGUCUUCUCCAGGCAUGCUCCCCCACCCCCUGGCAUCUCCAUAUGUUCACCAGCCUGGAAGCUCUCUGAACCCCACUGUUUAGGGGUUUCUAUGGGAGAUUCCAUUAUGUAGACACAAUUGAUUAAAUUACUGGCAAAUAGGUGAUUGGCUCAACUUUCAGAUUCUCUUCCUUUCCCAGAGGUCAGAGAUCAGGACAUGGGGUGAUAGUUCUAACCUUCUGAUCACACCUUCCUGGUGACCAGCCCCCAUUCUGAGGCUAUUUAGGGGCCCCAGUCACAGGUCAUCUCAUUAGCAUACAAAAAAAUACUUACCACUCUGAGAUUCCAGGAGUCUUAGAAGCUCAUGUGUCAGGAUCCAGGACUGAGGCCAAAUAUGUAACAAAGGAUGCUCCUAUCACCCCUACCACUCUGGGAAUUAUAAUGAUUUUAGGAGCUCUGUGUCAGGAACUAGGGAUGAAGACCAAAUAUGUAUUUCUUGUUAUGUUACAAUAUCACACACACACACUCUGCAUAUACAUAGAAUCAGUGGAGGGUGCCCACUGUUUUGAGUAGCGUAGUCUUCAGCACAGCUUCCAGGGCUGUGCGUGGGAGUUCAUGGAGCCUGCUUCUCUCUAAGUGUCCUAGGCUCUUGCUUCACUUCCUGACUCCUGAAGGGUUUUGAUGAAGUUGCUUUCACAGGGCACUACCAGAUAUGUUCCCCGGCCCACACCCAAGGGAGCCACCUCCACCUGACCUGUCUUUGUACUUCAUAGUGAAUGAGUCAGUUAAUCUGACAUUGACUUUAUGUGUUGAACAUGAGGGCAGAGCUUCCCUUUGAUUUCUUGAUGGGCUUGGAUGAAAAUAAGAAAUUCGAAAAGAACCCAGAAUCCUCUGAGCAUCUUGGGGGCUGAGCUUAGAGCAUUGCUAGAUUCCGAGAACCACCCAGCAUACUCAAGGCAGCCUUGCAUAAAACGAUGCCAUGUGGAGGUGUCAAUCCUGGUGCUGGAGGUGAGUCCAGGUCUGGAGGCUCUGCCCCUCAACUCACCCCUUUUAUGAAUGGCAGAGCCUGCUGCAUGCCGUGAUGAUGAGUUUGUCCCUAGGCUGGCCAGCCCAGAUGAGUUUGUCCUGCUGCUGCUAGGGGGCUGAUCGCUGGCUCCCUCUGGUGCUCUGGACUGAGCCCAGGCUGUGUUAACCGACAGCCUUCACCGGGCCACCCGUUCACCAAGACCCUAGCAUUUGGCCUCCGUCCAUUUCCUUUGUCUUAUGGGAGUAGCAGGGUUGCUCUGAGUUGGGGGGCCUCCCUACUCCCAACGCUUUAUGCAAACUGGGGUACUUGCAACCCUAUAAGCUGUUUAAAAAUGCCUUUGUAAGGAAAGGGUUUAGACACACUUGGCAAAAGGCAAAUCCCAUUAGCAAUUGUCUAUCUAAUCCCGGCUGUCCGAGAACACUGCGUUCUUUGCAGGCAGGCUUAGCGCCCCUUCUGGGUGAGGAGCCCGAGCUGGUUUUGUUCCUCCUCUCCCCACCCCACCCACAACUUUUGCAGAGGGCAGCAGGUCCCAGGGUGGAGGUUGGCCCUGCCCUGGGAACAGCCCCGGAGACCCUCGUUUUAGGCCUGGGUGGGAGGGGAGUUGUGAGGGCGGGUUGCCCUCCUGGGAUCUCUUUAUCUUGUUUCCCUGCUGCCCUCUUGUCCAUUCCUUUUUCUUCUGCAGCUUCUCUGCCCUUUCCCCCCUCCCUCUUCCAGCUCCUGCCUGUCUCCUCUCUCUCUCUCCCAUCCUAUGCCCUCUUCACUGCCCCUUUCAGAAAAUGGAUUUGAGGCAGAACCUAAUUAUUUUGUAUAGAAGUGAAGCAUUUAGAGCUUGUGUCUUUCAGUCACUAGAGGUGAGGGGCCAGUGCUUGGUGGGUUCUGUAGACAGAUCUCAGGAUUUGAAGGGCUGGGGUAGGCUGGCUGGAGCUGGCCCUGAGGGCCUGGGGAGGGCAGGCUGGGGGCCACCUUGGGGCCUUCUGAGCAGCUUCAGUGUUCUGUUUUGUCUUGUUUUGAGAACAUAAAGGAAAAAACAAGAAAGAACAACAAAUGAUGUGACAAACACCCAUGUGGCCUCCACCUAGAAUUGACAUUAUUGCUUUAGGUAUUUAAAAUUAAAGCAGAAAGGAGCCUUAAUACAGAUGGAGAUGGGGUUCCCUCUCCUCCUCUGCACUGCCUUUCUGCCUUCUUUUCCCUGGGGAAACACUGCUGUCAUUUAGAGUGUGUCUUCCUAAUUGGGUUUCAUAGUUUUACUGCAUGUAUAUGAAAACUAGGAAUAAUAGAAUUGCCAAGCCGGGUGUGGAUUUUAGAGGCAUACACUCAGGGCAGACAUGCUGUAAUAUCCUUCUGCAACUUGGGUUUCUCACUAAACAUUACGUUUUCAAGAUUUAUCCCUGUUGAUAUUUAUAUCUGGUUCAUCUAUUUUCAGUGCUAAAAACUGCUUCAUUGUACCACAGUUUGUUUAUCUGUUCCUCUGCUGAUGGACACUUGGUUAUUUUUGGUUUUUCUGUAUUACAAGAACGUUGCCAUAAACGUCUUCAUGCUUCCUGGCACAGGCAUGUGCCCAAGCUUUUGGGCCUGCUGGCCAAGUUCAAGCAGGCCCAGACCCUCCCUGGGACCUCCCUCGGGUUUCUGAGCUCCACUACCCAAACUAGCUGCUGCUUCCUUUCCUUGGCUCUCCAGGUAGGAGCUUGGCAUGGCUCGGCAUCCCCUCAGGGAGGGGCCUCUCCAGCCCCGAUGUCCUGGCCACCACUGCCAGGAUUGCCAGCAGAGGGAGAAGAGCAGUCUGAUGAAGGGAGUUGGUGGCCAGGGAGCAGUUUGCACUUGCCAUCCUACCUCUAUUGCCUUUCACUCUUCUUUGAUUUUUAUUUUACAUUAAUACAUUUAUCAUAACACCAUUUAAGAAAACUCAACUCUAUCUCACCUACAUUCCUGCCUUACUAGCCCAAUUGUCUUCACUUUUCUGAGUCCCUUGGGGUCUCUGUUCACAUGCAUACAUACUCAACAUAGCUGUAAUCAACAAAGUGCUGUGUAUUCUGUAUGUGCUGUUUAGCAGCAUACUACAAACAUCUUCUAUCGUGCUAGUCUUUAUAAUCACCAUUUUCAUGAUUGCACAAUGUUUUGCCUCCUGUGCUGUCACCUGCUCUUCCUGGCCUGGGCUCUGCUUUUCCUCCCAUUUCUCUUCCCAGGGCCCAGCAGUCUUUGAGUGAUUCCUCCCAGCACCCUCAGAUUGCAUUGCCCUGUGGAAGCAGAGAAAGAAUGCUCUCUGAGUUGCAGUCCUGCCACUUGCCAGGGCGCUGUGUGACUGAGCUUCCCCACCCCUGGCCCCUCACCACGGCCGACUCCUCCGAGGCUCCCUCUUUCCUUGGCAGUAGAAAAGCAACUGAACUAAACUCUGAGACAGUCUCAGUACACAUGGCUUUGAGAUUGUUCUAAAUACCAAUGAUCUCCUCCCAGGAGGAAACAGUUUGGGGUAGGCUUCUCAGGCCUUGUUCUUUCUUCUCUGGGUUUUGAGAGAGAUGGUGAGUGGGGUUCUUAGGCGCUGCUUUUGGUCCAGGGCAGGGGGCUUAGGACUGAAGCCUCUAGGAGCAUAAAGUAUGUGUCCUACACCCAAAAAUAAGCUUGAGAUGUGCAAGUGAGAGAGCACCAACCCCAUGUGUGGCCGACCUCACACUGUUCCUGGAACCCUCACUGUGGUAUUGGCAUCGUCUCUUGGUUCUUUCUGUAGCUGACUUCCUCCACCCAGCACGGAGGUUUCUGUUCUCUCACUGGAGCAAGGCCCCAGUCUUCUGUACCUUUGCCUUCUCCUGAGUCAAAUAAUCAACUUAGGGAUGAUUAAAAAAGGAAGUUAUUUAUAAUAAGGACUAACAUUUAUGGAGUACUUACUGUAUACCAGGUACUCUGAUAGAAAGCCUUUUUCUCCUUGCCAUCUUGUUUAUUCCUCACAACCCUCAAAUAAGGCAAAAGCUGUCACUAUUCCCAUGUGACAGUCAUGGAAGUGAGCUUCCAGGAAGUGAGUGUCAUGGCUCGAUCAUCCUUAGAUUCUUACCAUACUUCCCCCUGACCAUCCCAGCCAUCCCAGCUGGGAAACCACAAGUUCAAGUGAAGCAGAGACAAGCUGCUCCUUUUCCAUUCCCUUCAGAAAAGCCCCUUGCUGGUGUGGAAGUUAUUUUUUAUUUUGGUAUCAUUAAUCUACAAUUACAUGAGGAACAUUAUGUUUACUAAACUCCCCCCAUCACCAAGUUCCCCCCACAUACUCCAUUGCAGUCACUGUCCAUCAGUGUAGUAAGAUGCUGUAGAAUCACUACUUGUCUUCUCUGUAUUGCAGAGUCCUCCCCA